AUAUGGGUUAUGGGAUGAUAUUGAUAAUCAAGCCUGAUAUGUUAGGCCUAUGUCAUGAUAAGUGAGCAGAUAUGGGCAUGGCUGUAGCCUCCUAGUAUUAUUUAGUAUGUGUUAACUAAGCUAGUAGAUCUAUGAUUAUCAGCAUGGGCCUGGCCCAUUAAAGUAAACCUAAUAAUGUUAAUUAUUAAUAAUAAUAAUACAUUAUAUAAAUCCUAGUUUGUCCAUGGCUAUGCCGCAUGUCUGUUAUACUAGAUUCUAAAUGUAGCUACUGGCUAUGCAUGACUGUCAUGAUGGCUAUCUAGAGAUGCUAUGAUCAUGAUGAAGACCAUCAUGGCAUCAUAUGGUUUGAGUAUGGGCAACGACACUGGAAAACAAGACUAAUCUAGAUCUAGAAAUAGGUCUAGACUCAGUUAAUCAAAUAAUAGGACCAGCUCACAUCCCAAUUACAAGAAAAAGGACGCCUAUUAUAAGCUAUCUUGACAUGACCAAUGCAUAUUUUUUUCGACUCAGGACUGGACACAACAGAAUGAGACAACAUAUGUUCCGGAAGCUUAAAGUUGGGACGAGUGAAACUUGCCCUUGUGGACACCACCAGAGAAUGCUGAUCAUGUCCUUCAAAGCUUCAUACUAUAUCAAGAGGCCCGAACAAAACUCUGGCCCCAAAAUCCUCCAAUAAAACAGAAACUAUAAGGAGAACUUCCUGAUCUGGAAACCAUGCUGCCUGGUUCAUCUCAGAUAUAGGAAUACUGAUCUGAACCCUCUGACAUGUAAAAUGAGAACAAAGAAGAAGUCAGUCAGUAUCUUUCAAUGAAAAGAUCAACAAAGAACUAAAUCUAAUGAUUCACUCAGGACAGAGUGAAAAGAUUCCAAAAGUUGGGUACAACAUCGUUAACAGUAGAAAUGUGGGUGCAAUGAGAACUUUACCCAACACCCGGCAUGAAAGUUGCACAACCAGUUCUAAUUUAGCUGUACACCUGCAUGCCAGAAUACCAAAGAUCAGUUUUGUAGUAACAGUUGAUCAAGCAGAAAGAUCAGUUUUAGCCAGAAAUAUUUUAAGUGCUAUUUACAAUGCUGAGCCUUUGAUGGUUUUUGAUAUGGUCCUUGUUUUGGAUGGAGUUUUUGACACAAUACUUGAAAACUAUUUCAUGAACAUUCCAAGAGUCACUGUUAUCAAAAAUGAGCAUACAAAAGGUAGAGCCAUGUCUAGAAUGCAAGGGGUUGCAGCAGUCAGAGGAGAAAUUAUUGUAUUUAUUGAUAGUUUGACUGAAAUGAAUGUUGAUUGGUUGUCUCCUCUUGUGCUGAGAAUAAUUGAGAGCCCUAAGAGUGUAGUGUUACCUGUGUAUGAUGUUAUUGAUCACAUGACUUUCAAAUAUUAUUCUCUGGCAGAAUUAUAUAGGUUAGGUUUUGACUGGAGUUUAAAAUCCCACCUGGAACAGUUUUCUUCACCAUAUGUUAUUGAUUCCAAUCCAGUCACUGUAUUUAGAACACCAUUAAUGAGUGGCAAUGUUUUUGCCAUGAGACGAGAUUUUUUUCUCUGGCUGGGCCAGUAUGAAACCAGUUUUUUGGAACAUAGCAUGGAUGACCUCGAACUUUCUCUUCGUAUUUGGUUAUGUGGAGGUCUGAUUGAGAUAGUGCCAUGUAGCCGUGUGGGUGUUGUCAACAUUAGAUCAAGUGACAGCCAUGCUUCAUUUAAUAACUACUUAAGAAGUGCUAAAAGAGUCGCAGAAGUUUGGUUAGAUGAAUAUAAAAGAUUCUUUUAUGCUGUACGUCCGUCUGCAAGGAUGCAACCUAUUGCUGACAUCAGCAGCAUGAGAAAGGCAAAAGAAAAGUUAAAAUGUUGGAAUUUUAAAUGGUAUUUGACAAAUAUUUAUCCACAACUUCAACCUUUAGUGACUGAUGAACUAGCUUUUGGAAAUAUUAGGCAAGGAGAAUAUUGCCUUGACCUUGACCCAGGGCAACUCCCUUUGAUUGCCAAACUUCGACAGUGUGAGAAUGAAAAAAAUUCACAAGAGUGGUCUUGGAGGAAAACUGGUAAUAUUGUAUCCAAUGGAAUGUGUUUGACAUCAAACCUUAUCGACAUGAGGACUUUUGUUUUGGUUAACUUUUGUAAAGAUCUUGACAACAAUCAGAUAUGGUACAGGCAUGAGGAAAAAAUUGUUCACAUGGACACCAACUUGUGUCUUGAUGCCCAGCAUGCAACUACAGGCCUAAUUAUAUCUGACUGUAUUAAAGGGAAGGCAAGCCAGGCAUGGAUAAUCUCCACAGAGCAAAGCUCUGAAGUUAACAUCUGAUGGAAGUCCAGUUUAAACAAAGAUGUGUUGCAAAGACAGGAUACAAUUCAAUUUAAAGUCUCUACAGAUAUCUGGAUCUUCAUUUAUCUAGCUAGAAGUCAGCUGAACAAAGUUUUUUACUAUGACUGUUUCUUGAUGUAAUGAUGUCAGGAAAUUGGAAUGCAGACUUCAUUAACUUCAUGGAUUAAGUAAUGCCGAGUGUUGAUGCUUCAGCCAGUGUGGUAAUAAUUGCACCGAUGCAACCUUCUUCAAUAUUACCAUUCAUAUUGUACUUGCAGUCUUUGUUUGUGCCAACUGUGAUGUUGAAUGUUUCCUUAACAAUAGAAAAUGUUAUUAUCAGAAUUGGUAUUUAUCCUAAACCUAUUCCCCCCUUUUUUUUUAAUUAUAUGUCAAUUCUAAAUCCAUUUUAACCAUUUAUGUUUAUUAAUAAAUAAACUUCAAAAA